AUGUCAAGCGUACCGUUCAACGCCGACCCCGAUUCCGGUCUAUCGAAGAACUCCGAGCCCUACAAACGAUCUCACAAAACAACCAAGACCUGGGCAAUUGGCACCUUCUCCGCCGGAAUCGUCUCCGCCAUCGUGGGCGGAGCUCUCCUCGGCGCAUACUUUCGCAAAGCGUGGACCAGCUGCGAGGCCGCACGCAAGGCACUCAGCGAUAACAAUUUCGACAGUAUACCCGAUUAUGAGUGCAUGGGUCCGGGCCAGUUAUUUUGGGCUGGCGCAUUCUUCAUCGUGGUGUCUUGUGUUCUCGGUAUCUGUUUUAUCGUCUUCUUGAUACUUUACUGCACUCGUCGAGGCCGCAGGAACAGCCCGGGAGUAAUGUAUCACAGUGCUCCAAUCACCGAUCACAAUUACGCCCAGCCUUAUGAUCCGUAUGCUGCUCGUCUCGCUGGCCCGCCGCCUGGUUACCCUAUGCCGGCACCACAAUAUGAUGACCAGCCGAAUACGCAGUCUAAUUUUCCGAUGGUUCAAGUGAAGACACCAUCGCCAUCACCGGUGCCAGAGCCAGAACCAGCUCACUACGACCUAAAGUUUCAGCAUCCGCCAAAGGAUAAUUCUCCUGAUCGAUUCUCUUGA